GUACGACCCGGAAGCCGGCCGCGCCUGACGGCAGUUUUCCGGUGGUGGGAAAGUGAACGGAGCCCGAGUCGGGGCGGCGCAUCCUGAGGCAGGCGGGUUCCCCGUGGAAGAGGGAAGGCAGGCGGCUGGGGAGGGCCUGGCUUGGGCAGCCGGCGGAGCAGCAGCUGCAGAAGCAGGCAGCGCAGAGAGGGGAUGGUGCCCGGCGGCGCCGAGAAGGAGGCGCAGUCCGUCCCGCAGGGUUAGUGAACGAGGCUGUCCGCCCGGGCCGGCCGGGGACUGUGCGGUGCGGGUCCCAGCAUGAGUUCGGGCCCCGCCUGUGAGCCCCGCAUCAAGCGACCCCGCUGGGGCGCCUCUGAAACUUCUCCGCCGGCCGCCUCCGACGCCCGGAGCUUCCCCGGCGGGCAGAGGCGCGUCCUCGAUCCCAAGGACGCUGCUGUGCAGUGCAGGGUCCCACGGUCCUCGCCAGGCGGCGUCCCGGGGUGGGCGGGACCGCACCGAGGCAGCACCACCUCGCUUGUUUUCAAACAAAAGACUAUUACCAGUUGGAUGGACACUAAAGGAAUCAAGACAGCUGAAUCAGAAAGUUUGCAUAGUAAAGAAAACAACAAUACAAGAGUAGAAUCCAUGAUGAGUUCUGUACAAAAAGAUAACUUUUAUCAACAUAACAUGGAAAAAUUAGAAAAUGUUUCUCAGCAAAGUAUUGAUAAAUCACCAGUUGAAAAAAGUACACAGUAUUUGAACCAGCAGCAGACUGCAGCUAUGUGUAAGUGGCAAAAUGAAGGAAAACACAAUGAGCAACUUUUGGAAGGUGAACCUCCAACAGUAACUCUGGUAUCAGAACAGUUCAGUAAUGCUAACGUUGAUCAGUCACCUCAAAAUGAUGAUUGCAGUGACACAUAUAGUGAGGAAAGUAGAGAUAAUCAACAGUUUUUUAUACCUGUAAAGCUUGCAAAUGCAAAGCAGACUACAGAAGAUGAACAGGCCAGAGAAGCCAGAAGCCACCAGAAGUGCAGAAAGUCUUGCCACCUUGUGGAAGACUGUGCAGAUUGUCAACAGGAAGAGAUAGAUGUAGUGCCUGAGAGUCCCUUGUCAGACAUUGGCUCAGAGGAUGUCAGUACUGGACUGAAAAAUGCUAACAAAUUGAGUAGGCAGGAAAGUAGCCUAGGAAAUUCUCCUCCAUUUGAGAAAGAAAGUGAACUCGAGUCACCAAUGGAUGUAGAUAAUUCCAAAAAUAGUUGUCAGGACUCAGAAGCAGAUGAAGAAACGAGUCCAGGAUUUGAUGAACAAGAAGAUAGCAGUUCCACCCAAAGAGCAAAUAAACCUUCAAAGUUCCAAGCCAAAGAAGCUGACACUGAAUUGAGGAAACAGUCAUCUGCUAAGGGAGGUGAAAUUCGAUUACAUUUCCAGUUUGAAGGAGAAAGUUGUGCUGGAAUGAAUGAUUUAAGUGCCAGACUGCCUGGAAGUACUUCUAGCCUGAAUGUAGAAUGCAGAAAUUCCAAGCAACAUGGGAAAAAGGGUUCUAAAAUCACAGAUCAUUUCGUGAGAAUGCCUAAAGCAGAGGACAAAAGAAAAGAACAAUGUGAAAUCAAACAUCAAAGGACAGACAGGAGGAUCCCUAAAUACGUUCCACCUCACCUUUCUCCAGAUAAGAAAUGGCUUGGAACUCCCAUUGAGGAGAUGAGAAGAAUGCCUAAGUGUGGGACCCAACUGCCUCUCUUGAGACCAUCUGCCAGUCACACAGUAACUGUUCGGGUAGAUCUUUUACGGGCAGGAGAAGUUCCUAAACCUUUUCCAACACAUUUUAAAGAUUUGUGGGACAAUAAGCAUGUAAAGAUGCCUUGUUCAGAACAAAACUUGUACCCUGUGGAAGAUGAGAAUGGUGAGCGAACUGCAGGGAGCAGGUGGGAGCUCAUUCAGACUGCACUUCUCAACAAAUUCACAAGACCCCAAAACCUGAAGGAUGCUAUUCUGAAAUACAAUGUGGCAUAUUCUAAGAAAUGGGACUUUACAGCUUUGGUUGAUUUCUGGGAUAAGAUUUUGAACCUCUGGUUUGGAGGUCAGUGGAAAUUUAAACGUUUGGGACUCUUUCCAUUGGUGACUCACAGUCUCUGGAAUCAUAAGGUACUUGAAGAAGCAGAAGCCCAACAUUUAUAUCAGUCCAUUUUGCCCGAUAUGGUGAAAAUUGCACUCUGUCUGCCAAAUAUUUGCACCCAGCCAAUACCACUCCUGAAACAGAAGAUGAAUCAUUCCAUCACAAUGUCGCAGGAACAGAUUGCCAGUCUUUUAGCUAAUGCGUUCUUCUGCACAUUUCCACGUCGAAAUGCGAAGAUGAAAUCGGAGUAUUCCAGUUACCCAGACAUUAACUUCAAUCGGUUGUUUGAAGGACGUUCCUCAAGAAAACCAGAGAAGCUUAAAACGCUCUUCUGCUACUUCAGAAGAGUCACAGAGAAAAAACCUACUGGGUUGGUGACAUUUACAAGACAGAGUCUUGAAGAUUUUCCAGAGUGGGAAAGGUGUGAAAAACCCCUGACUCGACUGCAUGUCACUUAUGAAGGUACCAUAGAAGGAAAUGGUCAAGGCAUGCUACAGGUGGAUUUUGCAAACCGUUUUGUUGGAGGUGGUGUAACCAGUGCUGGACUUGUGCAAGAAGAAAUUCGCUUUUUAAUCAACCCCGAGUUGAUUGUUUCCCGGCUCUUUACUGAGGUGCUGGAUCACAAUGAAUGUCUUAUCAUCACAGGUACUGAACAGUACAGUGAAUACACAGGCUAUGCUGAAACUUAUCGCUGGGCCCGGAGCCAUGAAGAUGGGAAUGAAAGGGACGACUGGCAGCGGCGCAGCACUGAAAUUGUCGCCAUCGAUGCCCUUCACUUCAGACGCUACCUCGACCAGUUUGUGCCUGAGAAAAUCAGACGUGAGCUUAACAAGGCUUACUGUGGAUUUCUCCGUCCUGGGAUUUCUUCAGAGAAUCUUUCUGCAGUGGCCACGGGAAACUGGGGCUGCGGUGCCUUUGGGGGCGAUGCAAGAUUAAAAGCCUUAAUACAGAUACUGGCAGCUGCUGUAGCUGAGCGGGAUGUGGUUUAUUUCACCUUUGGGGACUCGGAAUUGAUGAGAGACAUUUACAGCAUGCACACUUUUCUUACCGAAAGGAAACUGACUGUUGGAGAAGUAUAUAAGCUGUUGCUACGCUAUUACAAUGAAGAAUGUAGAAACUGUUCCACCCCCGGACCUGACAUGAAGCUUUACCCAUUCAUAUACCAGGCCGUUGAGUCCUGUGCGGAGACCACCAACCAGCCAGGACAAAGGACUGGGGCCUGAGGAGCAGAGUGACUAGAACCUCCUUCCACCUCCUUGCAGAAACAUCCUGUGUGAAUUGUCAGGUGUAAUAUAUGAACUGACUUCAUAGAAUGUGUGUAUAAUCCACACUUGUGUGCAAGGAUGCCAUCUCUUCUCCGCGGUGGCAGUUGUCAGUGUGUACAUCCAAGUCCCCUCCAUCUGGACUUGUGUCAACUUAGAUAUAUAUUGUUUUCAUUUAUCCUGUUUCAAUCUCCACUCUGAUUGUUCUUCCUUUUGCCCGUCAGAUUUCUUGGGAAGUCCCAUGAAAGGUUGGGCUCAUCCCAUCAGGUCUCUUUUUUGAUGCCUGUGUAUUAUACCAAUGGCCUCUGUACCACAGACCCAGUAGCGCCAGGGAAGAAGUUGCAGUCCACGAAUCUCUUCAGCUGGGUCUGCUAAAGCUCUCUCCAGGGGCCUCUCAUCCCAGCUCUUGGUAAGAUUACAUUGUCUGAGAUUUUGAAUUUAGAAAACUAAGAGCUGGGCUUUUUUCAUUCAUGUUAUAUAAUUCAAAUCUCCUAAGUUAAAACAAUUUUGUAUUUAAGACAGAAUAAUUUCCAGAAAUACCUAUUUUGAGACAUCACCUUUAUCUGUUAUAGUUUUUCUGUCCUUUUUUCCCUCAUCAAUUUUUAUUGAUAAUGGUUAUAGAAACUGACCAAGAUGGGAAAAAAGGUAGAAUAAGAGAGAAUUUCCCCAAAUGAUGUUUAAAAAAACUAGAUUCAAGAGAGUUGAGGGAUUUUUUGUUUCUUGGGAUUUUUUCUUUUUCUUUUUAAAUUAGGAUUAUUGUUUGUUCCUUGGUGCUUAAGGCAUCAUCAUACAACCAAAGUUUAUGAACUGGGAACUUAGUGUUGAUUUGUUCAUAUUGAAGUUUCUCUGGUAUUCAAGGUUAUAUAGUUAAUAAAUUUUCAUUAACAAUCAUUUGUCAGAAACUCAUUAUCUAUAUUUAUAUGUAAUAUAAAUAUAUCUUCUCUAAGCGUGUCUGUGCAACCACAUAAAGUCUAAAUAAAACUGGAGUUGUGGAAAAGGAUUCCGUUUAAGCUUUA